AUGGUCCUUCCUGAUAAGAGCUCCAGGACCUCAGGGCCCAAAACGGCAUCCAGGAAACGGCCCCAGAGUCUCCCCUCCCCGGCACUGUGCUGCGCCUGUGGCCUGUGCAUUACGCUGGCGGGCAUCAACAUCACCCUGGUGGGGACCUUCGCUUUCAAGUCCUUCAUCCCCACCAGCAACCCACCCAUCGUCAUCGGGCCCCUCCUCCUACUGGUGGCCCUGUCCUUUUUCGGGGCGUGCUGUGUGUAUGGGCGGCGGCCACCGACCCACAAUGCCGGCAAGGCCAAGGGGGGCGAGAGCUGGGGUCGGAUGCGGAUGGGGGCCGGUGUCACAUUUGAGAUGGAGACGAGCGAACACACUCUGCAGGACACCACCACUGUGCAGCUCAGUCCCAUCAACUCUCCGAGCUCCUCCCACAAGUCUAGUAACUCCGCCCACGGGGAUACCCCUGCAGUAGGGGCCUGUGAGGAUGGCCCCGCCCCCAGGGCAAAUGAUAUCGCCAGCUCAGAGACCUAUGAUAUAGAUGUGACACCUGAUGACCAGCUCUUGACCUCUGAGGACCAGGUCUUGACCUCUGAGGACCAUGUCUUGACCUCUGAGGACAAGGUCUUGACUGCUGAUAUUGAUGAUAAGGGGAGCAUACAGAUGACGGCACUACACAAGCCUUGCCCAACGUAG